AUGCCCGACUCCUCGGACAACGGCUCGUCGAGCAACGGCGGCAACCAGAACAGCCCUCACGACGACAACGCCGCGCCUCGCGAUGCGCACCCAGACAACGCCAGCGUCCCCAAGCCCAAGCGCCUGGCCUGCAUGAUCUGCCGGAAACGCAAGCUCAAGUGCGACGGCAUCCGGCCCAGCUGCAGCACCUGCUCGCGACUCGGACACAACUGUGCCUAUGACGAGCAGCGGAGGAAGAGCGGCCCCAAGCGCGGCUACGUCAAGGCGCUGGAGGAACGAUUGAAACAAGUCGAGACGCUGUUAAAGACCCAGGAGCCACCAACCAAAAGCCCGACGAAAGGCAUCCCCAUCCAAGUCCCCAGUGCCAAUAGCCAGACAAAUGGAAACACUUCAAUGCCCAUGCCCGCCCCUAACAUGGGACUUGGUGGCGAUGAGCGCUGGCACUUUAACAAUGGCGAAUCGCCUCAGCAAGGAUCCAUGGACGACUUCAGCUUCAAUGCCAACAUGGGCAUGCCCGUCAACAACAUGCCUGGAAAUUUCACCUGGGAGAUGAUUGGUCUGGGCCUGGAAGAACCUCUGCCGCCGCAGGAAACUAUUGAUGAGUUGCACCAAAUCUAUUUUGACAAGGUUCAUCCGUCGAUGCCCAUGAUACAUAGAUACCGGUACCUUGCUGCAAUGAACUUGGCACCCAGUCAACGACCACCAGUCUGUUUACGAUACGCCAUGUGGACAUUGUCGUGCUCCAUCUCGGAAAAGUACUCGGACCUCAAGGACCUGUUUUACCAGAGAGCGCGCAACUAUGAGAUCAAGAUGAUGUACUUUCCCAGAGCCUGGAUUAACACGGGCUCUGCUGUCCGCCUCGCACAAAUGAUUGGAUUGCAUAGGGUAGACGGCAGUGGCUUGGAUGUCAAGAUGUGCUUGCCACCGCCCAAGGACUGGACUGAGAGCGAGGAGCGAAGACGAACGUUUUGGAUGGCCUUUUGCGAGGACCGUUAUGCGAGUAUCGGCACUGGCUGGCCCAUGACCGUCGACGAAAGGGACAUCAAGACAAACUUGCCAUCAUCAGACGAAGCAUUCGACAUGAGCCGCCCAGAACAGACAAUCACUUUGGAAGAGUCCACAAACCCAUCCGGAGCUGGCAAGCUGUCAUCUUUUGGCGGCAUUGUCCUCAUGGCUAGUCUUUUCGGCCGCAACCUGAUUCACUUGCACCGCCCAGACGACGACGACCAGGACCACGACAUCAACGGCCCCUUUUGGAAACGCCACCGCCAGAUGGACCACAUCAUUCUCAACACCUCGCUUUGCUUGCCAUCUCACCUCAAGCUCCCUGCUGGACUGAACAAUGCCAACGUCAUCUUCACAAAUAUGAGCAUCCACACUUCAACCAUCUGUCUGCACCAAGCGGCCAUCUUCAAGGCCGAAGCGAACAAGCUUCCAGCGUCUGUCAGCGCCGAGAGUAAGAUCCGGUGCAUCACUGCAGCCAACGAGAUUGCCAGCAUCAUGAGGACAAUAUCACACAUGGAUCUGUCUGCGAUGAACCCAUUCAUCGCUUUCUGCCUCUACGUCUCCGCCAGAGUCUUUGUGCAGUAUCUCAAGAGCAAGCCUGAAGACGCGCAGACCGUUGACUCGCUGCGCUUCCUCAUCUCCGCUAUGAACGCGCUGAAGCGACGGAACCCCCUGACCGAGUCCUUCCUGGUUCAGUUGGAUGUGGACUUUGAAGCGUUGGCAGCAAAGAUUCCCAAGCUGAGAGGCGCAUUCCCUCGUCCCAACGACACACCCAAGGGACUUCCUGUACGAGCUGGAGCUGUCUGCGACGACCCAGAGGGUGUCAAGGGCAUCUUGUCCUACCGAAACGAAUGCCAUUUCAUGAAGACGACUGGAGAUGACGGCAACCUUGCCAACGCUCCCGAUAUCGCGGAGCCGACUACUACUGACAGUCAGAGCAUGUCGACGUCGAACUCGAACAACUUUGGAAAUGGAGCAUGGCUCUCUAGUGACCAGCAAAUGCACGUCUUGACCCCCAACUCCGGCAGCAUGUAUGAAAAGAAUGUUCCUGGCAGCGGUGGGCUGUCCGGCUUCGGCGACGGAUUGGACCAAGAUGCGUCUGGCUCGCCGGGUCUUCAAUCAGCUGGGCGUACUCCCAACUCGAGCGGCGGCACAUCUGACGCACGACCUCCUCACCUUGGGCCGGGUCAUAUGUCCAACGGUGCAUCAGGGCAUGAUUCGUUCCGACAGAGCCCCAUCUCACCACAACAGACAAUGAUGAACCACGGAGGCAUGGACAACAGCGGCGCCCAAGGAUACUAUGGUGAUCCUAACAGCUUUACCAUGGCUGCCGGCAUGGGCAUGCCACAAACUCCCUAUCCCAUGACAAACGGAUGGGCAGGGUUGACUGGACCAGCCGCCGGGAUGCAGCCAGUGGGAGGAGAAGGUGUCCUCAGGGCGCUGAUGAACAUGGGGCCCAUGGACGCCAUGGACCUAUCAUCAUGGGACUCUGGCAACCCACACUAA